AUGUAUAUAUUUCCUUCCACAGGAGACCUGCUGUGUCGCAUCGUCAACUUCUUCCCUCUGUUCUGUAUCAUGGUGUCCAUCUACUCCAUGGUGACCAUCUCGUUUGAAAGGCGUCGAGCGAUCGUCUUGUCCAUGGACCAGAACCCCAUGAAGAUCAUAAAGAUGGUUCUACCAGCGCUCUGGAUCGGGUCCUUCGCCGUGUGUAUCCCGACUAUCAUCGAGUACAAAGAAUUCACGAUAUUCGACAAUGUCCUCAAUCAGACCGAAUGGCGGUGUGGCAGUAUUCAGUCGAGUACUUACUCUAUCAUCAAUGCUUUCAUGUUGAUGUUCGUUGCCUACAUUAUUCCACUGGUUUUGGUUAUAAUAAACUACAUUGUUAUAAUCAGGUUUCUAUGGGAAACGGGUGAAGACACCGGGGCUACAAAUCAGCGUCGAAUAGUGGCCAAAAACAGAAUGAAGAUAAUCAAGAUGAUGGUUAUAGCCGCCGCUCUGUUCGCAGUAUCAUGGGCGCCAUACUUCGCGAUCCUUGCUAUCGAGUCAAUCGAGUCUACUUUAGAAACCAGUUCUGGUUCUCUACCACACAUCUUCUUGACAGUAGUCUACUACAAAAAUCAGUUCUGGUUCUCUAUCACACAUCUUCUUGACAGUCAAUCGAGUCUACUGCAGAAACCAGUUCUGGUUCUCUACCACACAUCUUUUUUACAGUCAAUCAAGUCUACUACAGAAACCAGUUCUGGUUCUCUAUCACACAUCUACUUGACAGUAGACUACUGCAGAAACCAGUUCUGGUUCUCUAUCACAUAUCUUCUUGACGGUAGUCUACUACAGAAACGAGUUCUGGUUCUCUGUCACACAUCUUCUUGA